AUGGCGUCGCUGGACGAGACAAAGAAGUCGAUAGAGGAGCUCGGCUACUUUUGCCAAGAGGAACUCGACGUGGGACAACGAGUUGAUGGGAUUUUUGAAGAAAUCGGGUAUCACUUCAGGAACAAACCCGGCUUGACAUUCAUCAAGACCAACAUAUUCGAAAACCAGAAAGUCCGGUCCACUGUUGAAUCCUUCUUCCCGAAAUCUUCCUUGGCCGCCAUAAAGUCAUUCGGGCCAACCGAUUACGACUGCUGUUGGAUAAAUCGGUUUCAUCCAGAGCUCAAGGCCUUGAUGGUUAACUUGUGGACGAGUGAUUCGGUCGUCAUGUUCCACGUUCGCUCCCAUAACAAUCACCUCAUGGCCCAAGCGGCCCCAAAUGGCUUGCUGAAAAUACCCCCGGAGAGUCUCGGUCUUCCUGGGAUCUUCAGUAGGACUGUGGUAAUGAAGACGGGUGGCUUGUCCAUCAUGGAUGCCAGGACUGGGUUCAAGAUAUUUAAAGGCCGGACCAUCACCUUCGCGUUUGUCGUCCCCGACGAGCUUCCAUAUUGGGUCAAGAUGGGUCUGCCAAAGGGUUGUGGACUCGAAGCGCUUGUCCAGCAGAUGCAAGAGACAAGCGACCGUAUCGGUGCAAAUUUUGAGUUUCAACAUGCCGAUCAAAGCACCUCAAGUCCUAGCAAAACCUGCAGGAUGUGCGGUGGCACAGGCAGAAACGGCCGCUUCACUUGUGCCAUCUGUGGAGGGAAGAAGUGA